AUGGAGAAAAUUUUCAAUCAUUUCCUUCAGGGACUCUUCUUGCUGUAUUUUGUUUCAGCUUCCUCAGCCAUGACCACAACCAAUAUUACUACUGAUCAAGAUGCUCUUCUUGCGUUGAGAGCUCACAUCACUUCACAGGACCCUCAUCAAAUCCUGUUAAAAAACUGGUCUGUUUCUUCCCCUGUAUGUCAGUGGGUAGGAGUCACUUGCGGCUCUCGUCACCAUCGAGUAACUGCCUUGGAUCUUUCCAAUAUGAGUCUUAGUGGCAUCAUACCACCACGGCUGGGAAAUAUGUCAUUUCUGGUUUCCCUUAACCUGAGCAGAAAUAAUUUCCAUGGAGAACUGCCGCAUGAAUUUGCUCGGUUACGCCGGUUGAGAGUGCUUGAUUUAGAUGUCAACAAUCUCAGUGGAGAGUUUCCCGAGUGGUUUGGUUCCUUUCAUCAACUUCGACUGUUGUCUCUGAAUAACAACAGUUUCACUGGCUUCAUCUCAACUUCCUUGGCUAACGUUUCUACGCUAGAAAAGUUAAGUCUGUCAUUCAAUUACUAUAUCCACGGAAAUAUUCCAAUAGAGAUUUUCAAUAUUUCCUCGCUGGAGUUGAUUUUCCUCCAGGGUAAUAGCUUAUCUGGUAGCGUUCCAGAUGAUAUGUGUCGCCAUCUUCAGAGACUCAAGUUGAUUGACCUGUCAUGGAACAAGUUAAAUGGUCAAAUACUAUCAAGCAUAUAUAACUGUUCACGACUUCAAGUGCUGCACCUUUCUGCGAAUUACUUCACUGGAUUCAUACCAAGAGGAAUUGGCACUUUGAAGGCACUUGAGCAGCUGUAUCUAAGCGGGAACAGUUUAGAAGGUGAAAUCCCAAAAGAGAUGGGUAAUUUAACUAUGCUGAAAACAUUUGCCGUUAGUUCCAACAGCAUAACAGAUGAGAGUUUUCAUUCUUUCAGCAAACCAACUUUCAGGCAAUCUUCCGUCAAGGAUGGGUAA